AAUUUCAAACUUGUUUGGAUAGAUAGAAAAUUAAGGAAAAUCUCUACUCUUUUACUUCUAAUAGACUUCUUUAUAUCAUCAUCUGCCUUAAAAGUAGAAAUUCCUAUAAAUUAUCACCCAGUAAAUUCAACCAUCAUUCACAAACAAGUGUUCGUAUCCCACCACUUCGAUCCUUUCUCCGAUCACCAACAAUGGCCGGCAAAACAAGUACUGUUCUCUUACUCUUCGCCACGUUCCUCACCCUCCUCUCACGCUCGCUCGCAAUCCUUCCCGAUGAAGCUUACCCGUCGGCUCAAUCCAUGGGCUGCUCGCUCUCCGGCGGCCUGGACUACGACGCGAAGCCCGUUCGCCGCGAGGUCUACGGCGACGGCACGAUCUUCGACGUCACUCACCGAUACACGCCGGAGAUGCCGUCGUGGGAAUCGACGGAAGGGAUUGGCCAGUUCCUAUGGCUGCCGAAGAGCAUGAAGAACGGAUCACUCGCUAACAAUUCGGAGAUGAAGCUCCCCGCACAUACUGGCACUCACGUUGACGCCCCUGGUCACGUCUUCGAUCACUACUUCGACGCCGGAUUUGACGUCGACACUCUCGAUCUUCAUGUCCUUAAUGGUCCUGCUCUGGUUGUUGAUGUACCAAGGGACAAGAACAUAACUGCUGAAGUCAUGAAGUCUCUUCAUAUACCGAAGGGAGUGCGCCGUGUUCUGUUUAGAACAUUGAACACUGACAGGCGGCUUAUGUUCAAGAAGGAGUUUGACACAAGCUAUGUGGGGUUUAUGAAGGAUGGAGCAAAAUGGUUGGUAGAUAACACAGACAUCAAACUUGUUGGAAUUGAUUAUUUAUCUGUUGCUGCAUUUGAUGAUUUAAUCCCUUCUCACCUUGUUUUCCUGGAGGGCAGGGAGAUCAUUCUUGUCGAAGCCUUAAAACUUGAUGGCAUCCAACCAGGAAUAUAUUCUGUCCACUGCUUGCCUUUGAGAUUACUUGGAGCCGAGGGGUCACCUAUAAGAUGCAUUCUCAUCAAAUGAUAAGUUUUCAAUGUAAAUAUUUAGCCCUUUGAAGGAAUAAGAGUGCUGUGCAGAGGAUUUGUGGCAGGAUCUGCUGAGGGGAAACCUCUAGUAUUAGGGAGAGGACAUUUUUCUUAGCUUCUUAUAGGAUAUAUGCUAUACUCAUUGGAUGCUUAUGGUAAUAAAUUAGGUCAUAGGGAGAGUUUUUGUAUAUUCUAGGUUUCUUUUUUAUUUGGUAUGUAUCGGUAAAUCCACAUUUUAACUAGUUAUUCAGCGUUAGUACGUUUUAUUAAUGAUGAUGAUCAGAUCAUAAUGUUAUUUUUGGAGGAAGAUGAUGAUCUUAUGGUACUUAACAUUGUUGUUGGAA